CUCAUUUCCUCGUGUCCACUCCAUUAUCCUCGAUCUCUCCAUUGUAUUUCCCUAGAUCAAAUGAGGGAACGGUUCGCCCACGUCUGAAUAAUAUUAUUGUCUUCGUCAUUGUGAUUGGUAUUAUUAUCUGAUUGCAUUAUUAGCGGCUCCGCCUUGUUCGCACCUGGAAUUCCUCCGGGCUUUGUGGCUCUCCCUGUUCUUCCGGACCAUCCACCUACGCCCACUUGGUUUGGGUCAAGAUGAAGCACAUUCGGGGUCUCCUUUCAACGACACAAGCCCUCCGUCGAACAUUCACCACCGAUGCCACUCAGUUUUCACUUCUCCGCCGCCCUAUAUUCCACCCCCACCCCGUCCAUGCCCUCAAUCCUCCCGUCGUACGGAACCUUCCGCAAUUGCGAUUCCUAAGAAUACCUAGGCGGCAACCUACUGCGCAAGACGAGUCACAACAAUUCAAAGAUGAGCAGAUCGGGGUGCCACAUAUCCAGUUGGUUAACGAAGAAGGCCACCUAGACCCUCCUACGAGGCUUCGGGAUGUCUUGAACUCUAUCAAUCGUGCCGAGGAAUUCGUGCUCCAGGUGUCACCCCCGCUGAGCGACCGACCUCCGGUAUGCAAGAUCAUGAACAAGGCUGCGAUACGGGAGUACGAACGCAACAAGGCAAAGGCUGCAAAGGCACUGAAGUCGCAGCUUAAACAGAUAGAGCUGAAUUGGUGCAUCAGCAAUAAUGAUCUCUCCCACCGCAUGAAGCAAUUGGCGAGCUUCUUGGAGAAGGGUCGAAAAGUCGAGGUCCUUUUGACUCUCAAGAAGAGAAAACGGGCCCCCACCAUGGAAGAAGCGCAGAACACUUAUAAUCGGGUGAUGGAGGUGGCAGACGAGGCCAAUGCUGGUCUGGUCAAGCCGAUGGAAGGGGUUCUGGGAAAGCAGGUCUUGAUCAUAUUGAAGAGGAAAGACUUGAUGUAAAAUAAAAUAUAGUCCAUUACAUACAGGGUGUAUAUUGUCAAUCCUGGAGGUGCUGCCGAGUACCUGACUAUGGGAGUUGUA